ACACAUAUAAUUCUAGACUAAUGAUUGAAAUCUUAAACAUCGUCAACAUUAGAGUGUGGAUAAAUAACCUGAUGAAUGUUUAUGGAUUGAAUAUAAAACGGAUUAACAUUGUGAAAUUUAAUUAUUGUAGUAAAAAUCAUGAUUGAGAUAACAGCAAAAUUAAUUAGAGGACCUGUAUAUUUUUCUGGUGAAGUUAUUGAAUGUUUAGUCACAUUUAGUAAUCCACCAAAUCCAAUUCAUCAAAUCUCCCAAAGUCACAGUGACAUUUUUGAGAGUCUCGCAUGGGCUAGUGCUCAGGUUCAUUGUCAAUGUUCUACAAAUAGUAAAAUUGUUUUCUCAGAAAAACUAAACAUGACAGCACAAUUAGCAGCUAUUAAUGCAAAUACAACCUUUGCACCAUGGCAGCAGGAUAAUGGUCAUGUUGUUCUAAAUACAAAACCAAAAAUUUUGUUUUGUGACUUAAGAUUAUCUCCUGGUGAAAGUAAAACAUAUAUUUAUCGAGAAACAAUUCCAAGUGAUGCACCUCCAUCCUAUAGAGGGCAUGCAGUAAAAUAUUCGUAUAAAAUUACAGUUGGGACACAAAGAGUAAACACAGCCAUAAAGUUACUUAGAGUUCCAUUUAGAGUACUUUCUUUAAGCGAAUUGCCUGAAGUAACUGCUUGUAAUGAUAGCGUUGAUUUAAGUCCAAAUAAUCCAUUCAUGGAAACACAACAUAGAGAUACUCCAUUAGACGUUGCACUACAGACUCUUCAGAAUUUAACAGCGAGACGCAGCCCAAACUUUUAUAAUAUCACAAACGGACGUGGACGUAUUGUAAGAUUUUGUCUUUUCAAAAAUUCUUACAAACUCGGAGAAGAUAUCGUUGGAACGUUUGAUUUCUCGAAUGCUACCGUUUCCUGCGCUCAGGUAUCUGUUGCGUUGCAAUCAGAGGAACAUAUUUCAGAGGAGUACAGACGAGGAAAGACUUCAACACCGACUUUAGUCAGUUACAAUAAACACCACGAAAUGUGUAUGGGUUUGAAAUAUUCUCAUUUGGUAUUACCCAUACCAUUGCAUGUGACCCCAGAUUUUACUACUGAUUUAAUGACACUAAAGUGGAGAUUACAUUUCGAAUUUGUUACGACUUCCAAACUGGUAGAAGUGCCCAAUAAAAGUACUAUUAACUGGCAAGGACCAUUGAUCUUGGAUGUUGAAACAAUGAUAUGGGAUUUACCUGUUCACAUUCAUCCAACAACUACGCCGCCUAAUACCGCGCAACAAACAAGAUAUAAUAUAGUAAUAUAGCAAAUUGAGAAAUGUUAUUAUAUUAAGAAUUCACAGACAUUUGUUAUUUUUUUACUGACAAUUAUUUACCUGUGCAUUUCUCGAACUAUUAACACAACAAUAAAAAUAAUGUAUAUGAAAGUGUAAAUAUAUAAAUGUAAGAUACAUAAAUUUAUUAUAUCAGAUCAUAUUUUGGCAACAAAUAGUUCACACAAUGUUUUAAAUACUUUAUGCAAUAAUGGACAAGAUAUUAUAAAUAUAAUAUUCGUACAUUAUGUUAAACAUUCAAAAAAUGAAAAUUUUAUUUGUAUGUUUUGAA